AUGUCGAUACCUGAAGCCGUGGAUGAUGAAACCGUUCAUCAGGUGAACGUCUGCUUUAUUUUCCACAGUUUUCUUUAUUAUCAACUUCAUCUUAUUCUUUCUCGUUUAUUUCUAGGCAUUGUUGGAUUUAAACUCAAAUACUUUUUCUUUUCUUCUGUUCAUUUCUCUUUUUUCUUUUCUCUUCAUCUUUGCUUCUUUUCUUCUUUUUUUUUUCUUCCUCUUUAUCUUUCUCCUCCUCUCUCAUUUCGAAUCGUCUUCUACCUCCCAGUCAACUUUCAUCUUCUGUUUUUUUUUUCCUAUUCACUUUGUGCUCUUUUUCUCCUUUCUCUCCUCUAUCCCAACCUCAUUUCUCCCACCCCACCACUUCUCCAAGCCUUCCUCUUCCAUUCUCCCCCCACCUCUCCUGUCCUAUUUCUUCUUCUUCCAAUUCAUCUAAACUUUCCAACGAAAAAAAUUUUCUUCAUUCUUGUUUCAAAAUAUGUGAUAUUUAAAAAAAAAAUGUUCUUUCGUCCCUUUUUUCUUUGGAUUGCCUUUCCUUUUCUUUCUUUCUUUCUUUUUUUUCUUUCUUUCUUUCUUUCUUUCUUUCUUUUUUCUUACUUUUUUUCUUUCUUGUCGCUUUUUCAGAAAUAUUUUCUUUUUCUUUGUAUAUAUUCUUACUUUUCGUUUCAUGUCUUCAUUUGUUUCUUAAAAAAAUUCCUUCCUUUUUCCUCGAUUUUAGAAAUAUUUUACCUUUUCACAUUUCUAUUUCCUUUCUUCUUUCUUUCUUUCUUUCUUUCUUUCUUUUAUCUUAUCUCCUUUUCAGAAAUAUUUUCCAUAUCUUUUUGUCGUUUUAUAUUUUCUUUCUUUCUUUCUUUCUUUCUUUCUUUCUUUCUUUCUUUCUUUCUUUCUUUCUUUCUUUCAACAUUUAUUCAUUUGUUCCUUUCUUCUCGAAUUUUACAAAUAUUUUCUCUGUCUUUUUCGUUUUUUUUUCUUUCUUUCAUUUUACAUCAUGUCUUUUGUCCUUUUAUUUUGAAGAAAAAACAGAAAGAAAACCCUUUCCUGAUUACUAAUGUCUGA